AUGAGUUACAGCCGCCCUCCUCCCAACGUGGGCGACUUGAUUUCCCUCAAGGUGGACAACCUGACUGACCGCAUCUCACGCCGCACCCUAAGGCGCAUCUUCGAGAGGUACGGGCCUGUCGGCGAUGUGUACAUCCCCCGGGACCGCUUCACUCUAGAGUCCCGCGGCUUUGCCUUCGUCCGCUUCUAUGACAAGCACCACGCCGAGGAGGCCAUGGACGCCCUAGACGGGGUCAUGCUGGAUGGCCGUGAGCUGUGGGUGCAGAUGGCACGCCACGGUCGCCUCCUAGAUUUCCACCAAGGCCGCCGCCAGAAAACUCCUCCCCAGGGUCAAGAACGCCAGAGCCACAGCCUGAGGCUUCGUCGCUGCCGCAGGUCCAGCACCAGGAGCCGAUCGCCAUGUCAGGCCCGAUCUCGCUUCAGCCGCUCCAAGUCUCCAUCUCGCUCCUGUGACAGUUCGCCAUCAUCCUCAGAGUCCAGAUCUUUCUCAGCAACCACGUCUAGGUCUAGAUUCAGAAGCCUUCCACCAGGAAGAAAGUACAGGUCCUGA